UGGGAAGAUGCUGAGUUCCAUCAAGUGUGUGUUGGUGGGAGAUUCUGCUGUGGGGAAAACUUCUCUGCUGGUGCGCUUCACUUCAGAGACCUUCCCGGAGGCCUACAAGCCCACGGUGUAUGAGAACACAGGUGUGGACGUCUUCAUGGAUGGCAUCCAGAUAAGCCUGGGCCUUUGGGACACAGCGGGCAACGAUGCCUUCAGAAGCAUCCGUCCCCUGUCCUACCAGCAGGCAGACGUGGUGCUGAUGUGCUAUUCUGUAGCCAACCAUACCUCUUUCCUGAACCUGAAGAACAAGUGGAUUGGUGAAAUCAGGAGCAACUUGCCCUGCACACCUGUGCUGGUGGUGGCUACUCAGACUGACCAGCGAGAGAUGGGGCCCCACAGGGCCUCCUGCGUCAGUGCCAUAGAAGGAAAGAAACUGGCCCAGGAAGUGAGAGCAAAGGGCUAUCUAGAGUGCUCAGCCCUUAGCAACCGAGGGGUUCAGCAGGUAUUUGAGUGUGCCGUCCGAACUGCUGUCAACCAAGCCAGGAGACGCAACAGAAGGAGGUUCUUCUCCAUUAAUGAGUGCAAGAUUUUCUAACUUCCCGGAGACUUCGCCCACACUCAUUUACUCACCCCAAAGACUAAAGGGACAGGGAGAGCGGACAAGCUGGCAAGAACUGAUGCUCUUUCUAGAUACAUACUGCACAGCACCUCCUUUCGGAUACAGUUGUUGAUGAGACUUGGCCACUGGCUGUUUUUAUGAAAUACACUCUAGAAAUGGACCGCUUGCCCAGUCCAAAUAGAAGGACCUAUAAUGAAGACUCUAUCUUCGAUUAAAAAGCCAAAAUAGCCUCCAUAAUUUUGGACAAUGAAGUGAGUUUUUCAAAGAAUUCCAUAUUUAAAGACACAUUCUAUUUAAAUAAUAGUAAAAUGUAUAUCUCUUGUAUAUAAUUAGUUUUUACAUUUGGAAAGUCUUUCCCUACGUGCUCCCACACACAAUUGUAACCCUAUGGGGCUCUGCCAAAGGUCUGUAGUGUUUUCACCUGAAGUAGUAAUUUUGUUAACACCACUUGCCUGCUGGAUAUUACCAGGUAAUCAGAUUUUGAAGUGACCAUAGCCUUAUCCUUGCGAUUAAUUUUCCAUCCACCUGUUACUCUCCGUUGUGUAUAAAAUACAGUUCAAUAACAAGAUUCUUCAAUGCUGUCUAAUUAAAAAUUAACAUUUGCAGUAGCUGUCACUCGAUUUCUCUGUAAUUAUAUAAAAAAGCAUUUCUUAUUUAUGACACUACCUUUCACCCAAAGAACUCCAGUUAUGCACUAAGCAUUCCUCCCUCAUUUGCCAAAAUAGGUGGGAGGAAAACCUUCCAGGUAGGGAAUCAGACGGCUUACAUGGAGCAGAAGUGAGGAAAUCACACUUUCGUUUCAGGAACUGGUGCCUGCUUCUUCCAACACCACAGUUCCUAGCUGGCUGUAGGUCUUGGGAAGAAGAGCAGGCCCAAAUUUCUGUGUGAUGGUAAUUUUGCAAAUUCGUUAUUUGAGUGCUAACCUGAGGUGGCAUGGCAACAUCAUGUAUUAAUUUUAGGACCCAAUCCAAGCAA